AAGGAGGCAAAGUACAACCCAACCAAAAGCGGAGAAACACAGAACAGUGAGCGAGCCUCUGAGUGUGUUGAAAGAGAGAGAAUGUGUCAGAUAGGUGCGUGAGUCCACAGGUAGGCGGGCAACUUAAAAGACAAAAAUAAAAUUCACCACCACAGGCAGCUUGACAGUGUGUGUAUAGGACCAUGUCUCUAAAUGGGAAAGUGGCUCUGGUGACUGGGGGAGCACAAGGCAUUGGGAGAGCUGUAGUCCAGUCCCUCCUUCAGAGCUCAGCUAAGGUCGCUGUUGUCGACCUGAACCAAACCUGUGGUGAAGAGUGCAAGAAACAGCUGGAUUCUGAAUUUGGUGAUGGCAGCAGCACCUUUAUUCAGUGUGAUGUGGCCGAUGGAGACUCACUGAGAGAUGCCUUCCAGAGCACUGUAGACCAGUUUGGUCGUCUCGACAUUGUCAUCAACAAUGCUGGAAUCAACAAUGAAAAGGACUGGGAGAAGACCAUACAAGUAAACCUGACUUCUGUAAUAAAUGGGACCUACUUGGCUCUGGAACAUAUGAGUAAGGAGCAUGGCAAGGAAGGAGGCACAAUAAUUAAUGUAUCUUCGAUGGCAGCCUUCCUGCACUCUCCUCACCAGCCUGUUUACACAGCUACUAAACAUGGAGUCAUUGGUUUCACAAGGGUUAUGGCUGAUGCAUCUUCUCAGAGUGACUACGGCGUGCGUAUCAAUGUGCUGUGCCCUGCCUUUGUGGACACCCCUCUGUUGCACUCAGUAGAACAGGAGGAAUACAUGGGAAAAUUUGUCAAAUUCAAGGAUGAUUUCAAGCGCAGCAUGAAAAAGUUUGGAGUUCUACAGCCAUCAUUGAUAGCAGAAGGCAUGAUGAAGUUGAUCACCGACACCAGUUUAAACGGUGCUGUGAUGAAAAUUACGUCCUCCAAAGGAAUCCACUUCCACACAUAUGAACCCAUGUCUGCUUGAGCAUCGCCUGAUGGACUGUCCCUCGCUGAAGAGCAUAGUAGCAUACAACUGUAACCAUGUAGGACAUAUUAAAACAGAAUGCCCACAUGUUUUUAAUUCUGCUGCACAAACAACAAAGUAAAAUCAGUUAAACAAUGUAUAUUAUAUGAUAACAGAUGCAAAAGCAGCUUUGAAUAAAACAAAAAAUAUUAAGCAUUAAAUCUUUAUCAAAUCAAAACUGCAAGACAGGAGACUUUAUGGUAUUGUACAGUGAUACAUCUACUUGUGAAAUUAAUCCAUUCCAGAAGUCAUUUUGUAACAUGAAUUUUUCGUAAGGCGAAGUGCAUUUUCACACGUAAAUAGCCAAAUCCAUUCCAAGCCCCCCAAACACCCUCCGCCUCACCCCUACCCCGCCAAAGAUAAGCAUUGAA